AACUGCGCAGCUUGUCCUCGUUUGCCCACGGCUAUAUAAGGCCUUCAUGACGUCAGCGCCCACAUUCAUUCCUCAGCGUUGGUGCAAUUUAGACGUGAGUUUGUGUCGUGCAGUGACAAGUUUUUCAAGAAGUGAAUUCUCUAUAGCCUGUUGGAUUCAGUCCCAUUGCGUUUCGCGUGGGUCUGCAUCCGUCGGCCGCCAUCUUGGCUGCCCCUGGGCGUGGUCGCGCUGCUUACUUCAAAAUGGGUUUGUAACGGUAUCGUGCAUUUAUUUAGUUAAUUAAAUUGAUAUUGUGUAUAUAAGAUGUUUCAAUUUUUUCUAUUAAGUACUUAAUGGUAAAAUUGGAAAUUAAAUUUUAUUCAUAUUGAAUAAGAAAAUUGUAACAUAUGUUUAAGUAUAAAAAUAAAAGAAUUUUCAAAAAGUUGUUGUCGUCUUUCUCAACUUCAUAUUCUUUUUUAUUUUCUUGUGAUUUCACCACGCACAAAUGUAAUUUUCCAUGAGUCAACGUCACUACGUGAAGAGAGAUAUGGACAUGUGGCUGGCGUCACGUGAUCGAGUUCGGUGUUUGUCGGCCGAGUGGCGACUAGCUGAGGCGCUUCGGCUGCUGCUCGUGCUGUGGAGGCACACUGGUGCUGCUUGUGAUAAACGCCGCGGACACGAAUCUCUAUAGUCCCAGUUGUCAGCCCACUAGGUAAAAGUUAGGUGGUUGCGUCAUAAUUACAUUAUGUGUAGGAAAUAACUUAGGGUCUGCGCGCGGGCCCAUACCUGUAACAUUGUCUUUAGACCUCAGAUAACUGCCGUUUCUACUUGAAACACUGCCGCAUCGGCCUUCAACAGGGCUACAGUUGACUGCGUGAGCGCACGCGGAAACUUCCAUAGUCUCGAGUCGGUACCUAUGCAUAUAAGAUGACGUACGUUGGUGAGUCAUUUAUUGUUCACGAGAAAUGUAACAUUAUUUAGUAAUUGUGUGUACAGAGAUCUCUAAUCUUAAGACUUCAAUUGUUUAGUAGCUUUAAUUUAUAUAAUAAUAUCCAAUGUCUAACGGCAUAAGUAGGUAAAUAACGUUCCACCCAUACAGGCAUACAAAAUCACGCGUCUAUCUAAGGUGGAGAUAAUGUUGAAGAAAUACCACAAACAAGCUGCAAAUCUGUAUGAAUAAUUCUACUGUGGGCGUAAUGAGCUGGCAGUCGACAGAGUCCACACGGCCAUUGACGCGACAGCUUUCACUUUUAGGUAACACGGUCAAUGAAACAUUUUACAUUAACGAAUGUAGUGUAAACCUAUGCAUGCAAUUUGAAAUAUUAAGCUUUUCUUACGUUCAGCAAUGAAUCUAUCUUUACUUGAUGCAAUUCUACAUAUUUAAUAAAAUGUAAGUAAAAAUAGAAUAAAUAGGACCUGAGAAAAAAGGCACUUUAUUAUCGAAAUGAAAGAAAUUGGAAGCAAUUGCAACAAAAUAAACAUCAUUGUGACGAGUGGGCUGAUAUACAUCCGGGACGCAAAACAAAACUGAAACAAACAAUGCUAAUAUCUAUUUUAACUAGGCAAAUAAAUAUACCACAUGUUAAAUAUCCCAAAUAGACAAAAGAAACUGACGUUGAAAUUAGUAUAGGUAUCCUCUGAGUUGGAUAUCUGGUAGAACGAUAAUGGUAAGUUACAAAUUUUUCACAAUGACAACUUUUUUAUUCAAUUAUAAACUAAAUAAUUUAUAGGAUACUUACUAGUACCUAAUAUAUGUUUAUCCAAUGUAUAUGAGAUUUAACGAUCUUUAUAUUAGCUUCAAAUUAUUAGUAACACUUACUACUACUUUGUUAUUUGGCCCAUGUUUAAUUAUAUAAUAAAUAUCUGCCUUAUCGGUUACACACUAUUGAUUUAUAUGCAAUCUUCACAGCUGACUGGAUUGGGAACAGAGGUCGUCGUGAACCAAAAUUCACGUCUCCCACCCAUAAAGCAAAAGCAAGGUGAAGCCCUUCACGCCUAAGGCUUACCAGAAUCCAGUCAACAUUAGAGUGGACCAUCGACCUCCCCUCAGACAGAUAAGUCGCAUUGGUCAUAGUCGAUUAUACUCGUUGCUAUCUAGAACUAUCGCAAGAAUAAGUAUCGAAAUGACAACACACCCCAGUAAAAUUUUCUAAAGAUAAGAAGUUGAAAUGAUAAACUCGCGAAUUAAACCUAAAAUGUACUGGUAGCCUGUGUGGAUGAUCGGAGCUGUACUUAAUUUAUAAAGAAAGAAAAAAUAUGAUAUAGGUAAGUAGUCUUUCCAUUGUAAGUGCUGUCACGGAAAAUUAAAUUCCUGACCUGUCUUUUCAUCAAAAACUAUUGAACUAAGACCAAAUACUUAACUUCAGAAUAACGUAUUUAUGUAAUAAAUUUUACAGCACACUCUAAAUUUGUACAUUUUAUAUAUUACCUGAAAUGACAAAUAAGCUGAUAGCUCACUUGAUUGAAAGGGGCAUAAUCAUCGCCAAUGUACAGAAUAGCACCAUGCAUAUCAUGGAAUUCGCCGAUAUUUAAUAAGUAGAAUAUGUUUUGUAAUAAUUGUUCUAUUCACAAUUAUUUUUUAUUGUCAAUUAUUUACGUAGGAAAUAUUAAUAUACGAGAACAGACUACAAAUAAAGCAAUAAAAAAUUUAAUAGAAUAUGCGUCUUAGUUAUGUAUCUAAAAAGCAGAAUAUUUUUUUAAAGCGUUCGAGACCUCUGUAUAAUAUAUAAGUAGGCAUUAAAAGAAAAUGCCUCGAUUCUUUUUAAGAAAUAUUUUCUGUUUAGAGUGACCUCUAGCAUGUUCUGUUAAUUUUUGUGAAUUGCAUUAUCUUAAAUACAAAUAUUCUCUUAAUGUAAUUCUGUAAUAGAUUAAUAGAAACUUCAAUAUUGAUAGGUAGAGCUUGCUUAACAUUUAGUCCUUAAUUUUCAGAUCUUUAUGAAAUUUUUAACUAUUAUAUAAUAACAUUUGGACUCGUGGUGAAAUCGCAUAAUCCCAAUUUAUAUGAAAUAAGCUUACCUUUACAAAAGUUUAAAAUUAACCAUUUAUUAAAAUGUAUAACAUUAUCAAAGCAACAUCUUGAUAAUGAAUGGAUAAACUUAUACACAUAGUACUUAACGUAGGCGAACAAAAUGAAAUUUGUACUUUUGACUUCUUUUUUGGAAGGAUGAAAUUUGAACAAUAUUUCAGCUGAAAUACCUAAUGAUAUAGCACCACACAAUAGAUAUUGUUCAUGGAUAUUUUAAUUCUAUAUAAAUACGAUAUUAACAUGGUUCAAAUGAAUGUUUGAAUACGACCGACGGGCCUCUCGGGAAAUACCUAUUUAGCUUUUCAGGUUUCCAGCAUAAUAUUGAAAUAGCAUACAAGUUGUUUGAAGAUUUCAAACUUAAAGAACACAAUUUUUAUUCAAACAAUUAUUUUUAUAAGGAUCAAGUAGUUUCAUAUUGUACCAGACUUGGAACAAGCUACCACAAUUUUUAUUAUAUUUAUAAAUAUACUUUGGAACACAAGAUAAUGGAAAAUACUGAACAAAGAGGUAUUUGCCAUGAAUGUAGGUCAGGCUCGGAAAAAUGAAGACAAUGAAGAAUUAUAUACCUAACUAUAUAUAUUUCUAAGUAAAAUUGAACUCUAUCGUCGUGAGUACUUGCUUAUGUUAACUUAUUGACGAGUAAAUUAAAAUUACUAUGUAACAUUAAUCUGAAAUACUUAUCCAUAAUUCUACUCGUUUUUAUGCAAUUGAUCCUAAAUAUAAACCAUUUACUUGUAACUUCUACAUGCAUAACCCAUUUGUUUGUGUCUAUCGUCUGUACCUACAGCUAGGUAGUGUUUUCGCUGGCUGACAAUUUGCUGCAUAUACAUAUAUAUGUGAAUUCAAUUAGCUAGAAGUCAGAAUACAAUAAGUUCAUCAAUUCAUCGGGUACUGGACAGUCAAGAAUUCAAUAAACCAAAAUUGGACAAACUGCCAUUUAAAUAUUAUAUUUUAUAUUAGCUCGUAUCUACACACACUGUUCCUAAGUUAUUGUCAUGGAUUGAUGGAUGGUAUGGAAAAAUUUUGCAAUAAAGGUUUUUUCGAAAUAAUUAUCACCUUAACUAGAUAAUAUUGCUUUGUUGCAUAGUAGUAGGGUUUGGGUUUGGUUUGGUUACUUUUGUUUCAGUAAAGUACCACAAUGUUGCUGCAAUAUUUACCAGAUGGAAAAAAUAUAAUUAAAUACGCCUGAUAAUGAUCAACAUAAUAAACAGUAAAUGAGAUUGAAUGUUGGAUGAUAACUCUUGAUAUUUUUUCCAAUGAUAAUACCGCUCGUCUAUUAAUGUCUGUGUUGGGUAUGUUGAGUCGUAUAAUCCCUGCAACAUUGUUAUGCUGAAUGACUGAGAGUACUCAUGCAAAUGCAUACUCGCAUUCUGUAAUGGUUGAAAGUGCCCGAUUGUGUUGAGCUAAAUUAUUAUCUCCUUAUUCAAGGUAAUGGUAUGCUUAAGCCUGUAGAUUAAAUUUAUUUAACAAUAUUAUAUGCAUAUUGUAAAUAGAUAUUACAGACUGCUCCUGCAGUCAUUUGCUUAACCCGAGAUUUGUAUUUGUUUAGUUAGGUUUUGUGGAGUUUUUUCACGAGGAGCUGUAAUCUACUAUAGAAACCUCCAUGCUUGAAAAGCAAAAGUCGAAAAUAUGGAAUUAUGUUUACGUAGAUAAGUUACUUCUGCAAGCUUAACUAGAGAUUUGCUUUGGUAGAAGACACCCGGAACACAAACCAUACAUUCAUAGGUAUAUUAGUAUGCUAAUAUUUGAUCUUUUUUUUAUAUCAUUAAUGAUCUUGAAUAAUUUACACUUUAAUCAUUUAGGUACGUUUUCUUUUCAUGUAUUGUCUGUUUAGCAUACGUUAACUAAUGCACGUUUCUCGUAUUGCAUCCUGCUUGUGAUGCGACAUGAUGUACUUAGUUAACAGUACUGACAUUUAAUAAUUCUAAAUAAUACCUUCUGGUUGUGGAUAUAUUAAGUGUAGUAAUUGUACCUAGAUGUAGUACAACUGAUUGGAAUUUUUAUGAUACAUGAAAUUUACUAAUGAAUAACUAUAUAAUUAUAUAUCUACAACAUAAUUUGUAUACCUAGGAGAUAAUAUAAUAGAGAUAUGGAAUGGUUUUGUGUUUCUGUAUGAUUUAGCUAGAAACAUCUUUGAGUUUGACCACUUUUUGCAACUAUUCAAUGACACCGGCAUCUCAUCGGCGAGAGCAGACUGCAAUCACUGCAAUUCCAUUGUAGUCUUAACGGAAAGGAGGAGGAGGCUGUUGAACAUCGUCGUAGAUGUCCAGGCCUCCGCUAUUGAGUGAUGGUGUCAAUAAAAAGGUUGGAGAAUGUCACCUUUUCCUCAAUAUUCUAAUGCAGUCUCUUCAAAGCAAUCUGUCUCUACGUUGCUAGCCGCGUAGAUACACCACAUUACGAAGCAGAUGUCCUGUCUUCACCGCACUGCGGUGACGGGCACUUGACUACCUACCUAACAGUGAACGGCUGUUUGCUGUCACGUUCCUGUAUGCAACACAGUCGGGCGUUUUACUUCAUUGUCGGCAUCAAUAUGAAAUAUGUAAGAAUGAAUGGUUAUACUAUUAUACUCUUAAUCUUAUCUUCAUUAUAAUUUUGAGACUUUUAGGUUAUAUCAUAUUACAUAUUACAAAUAACCAAUUGAUUUUAUUGCACAUAUAAAUAUAUUGAAUUCUUUACCUAGUUAAAGAUAAUAACACAUUAUAAUGCACCGUUUCGAUACGGUUCUAUAUACUGUCGAUUAUAUAGAUCUAUAUAACUUAGGUAUUUGCAUUAUUUCGGACAUCUGUCCGCUUGUUAUUUUAAUCUGUUGUCAGUUACGUCGUGACACAUGAAGCUGACUAUCAGAAUGGCUCUCUCGGGCAAAUCACCAUCAUAUAUCUUGCACGGUGUUGGGAACUCGCGCAGUCUCCCUACCACAUUCUUCGCACAGUGACGGCGAAAAGUCGCGUCGCCUACAAAUGUCGUCGCUUACUGUCACGGUCUUCGCACACCGACGGCGAGAACUCGCGUCGCCAUCCGAUCACCUAGCUCACUGCUACUUCCCCGCACACCGACGGCGGGACACGCGCCGCCGACCGAUCUUUGCGCUCGUCACCACGAUCCCCGCACACGGACGGCGUGAACUCGCGUCGUCAACCGACCUCGGCGCUCUCGGCCACGGUUUCCGCACAGCUACGGCGAGACCUCGCGUCGCCAAACAACCUCACGGUCUACGAGCAGCGUCGACGGAAGCUCGUGCCAACAUCCGACCCCGUCGCUUACUGCCACCGUCCUCGCACAGCGACGACGGCUCGCGCUACCUGAUGACCUCGCCGCUUGCUGCUUAUUGCAACGUUCCACACACAGCGACGAGAGCUCGUGUUACAUUCCGAUUUCGUCGCUUGCGGUCACGUUCCUGCGCGCGCAAGAUGUCUGCAUAGCUUAGUCCUUCACUACCGACGACAGCGUGUGAAAUGCGUAAGACUGAAUAUUUUAUACUUUAGAUACCAAUCCAGUUAGGUUACAAAGAAUAAAUUUUCCUACAUAAAACAUCGAACCGAUUUUCUAAAUAAAACAAUGACAUUUUAUUUUAUUUGAAAUAAAAUUAUAUCUUACAAUGUAUCUAUAAUAUAUACCACAGUAAAUGAAUAUGAAUACUUGGAUAGUUCCGGACGCCAGUCCGUAUAGUUUCGACAUUUUAUUUCUGUCAUCAGUUUGCGUCGUCAUCUUGACUGCUGGAGAGCUGCUCUCUCUAGCAGAUUAUUUCUGCCACAUUUCUCCCACAUCAAGGACGAGAACUUGUGCCACCUUGAACUCAUCGUUAGCGGCCCCGUUCUUAGUACAGCGAGAAUGGGAAGUCACGUUGCUUACUGCGACGUCAAAAGCUCGCAAGUCCAUCAAGUUCAUCGCUCGUUACCAAGCUCCUCACACAGCGGUGAGAGUUCGUGUUACCUAUAGACGUAGUUGAUCAUGACUUGCUGCCACGUACUACGUUACGACAAGAGCUCGCCUUGGCAACCAAUAUUGACAAUAUUGCUGUCAUAUACCUGCACACAACGUGUCUGCACAGUUUAGUUCUUCACUACUGACGACAGCGUGCAAAAUACGUAAGACUAUAAUUUUAUACUUUACUAUAUUGUUAGCUUAUAAAUUGUAGCAAAAAAACCAAUUUAUCUAGACAAAACAUCAUACAUCUACAUAUAUCGUAUCGAUUAUCUACUAUUGAUAGAUGCCCGGAGCCAAUACAAAUAAUUUUACUUAAUUUAAAUCGACUCCGAGCAUCUUUGCGUUUAUCUUAUUCAUGUGUCAUCAGUUUGUAUCGUCAACUAUCGGAGAGCGGCUCUCUCUGGCAGAUUGUCUCCGUCACGUUUGUCGCAAAGCAAGGACGAGAACUCGGGCCGACAACCAAAAUCUUAAGCUACCACAGCGAAAAUGAAGUCGUGUCUCCUCCUGAAGUCAUCGCUCAUUGCGACAUCGGAAGAGCAUUGCCUAGCGAGAUAGUCACUCGCUGUCAUGCUUCUCACGUAGCGACGAGAGCUCGGGUUACCUGCGGCCCUCAUUGUUCGCGGUUUUCUGCCACGUGAGAUUUUAUUAAUAAUAUUUAUCAGAGACCUGUAUCUAUAAUACUAGUAAUAUGUAAUUAAAUCAUUCCAGACAUCUGUCCACUUCUUUUCAACAUUUUUAUUAAUCUGACAACAGUUUUUCGAGAUCAUGUCUCGAAUACCGGUUGUCUCUGGCAUAUCUUUGUCUGUCCAUUUUGGCUACAGUAUGAAAAUAGCUGAAUGGUUCUCUCAGCAAGCACUCGCUUCAUAGCUACAUGUCAUGACCUGGACUCACUAAAGUAUAGAUGAUCAAGUUUAUUAUGAAACUCGUAUGACUAGCCAAACUUCUACUCCACUACUGGUGACAGUGAAUUCUUAUUAAAGGGUUCAAGUGAAAGGUAACGCAAAUUAGUCGAUCUGAUAACAGUUAACUGCUAUAAGUAGGGGUAGUUAGUAACAUAAUUGGGCUAUGGAAUUUUUUUAUAUGAUUUAGCUAGAGACACCGUCUUGAGUGCGACUACGUAAUGGCACCAGUUCCUAGUAGUUAAACGCUACGACCACAAAGCUGCAAGGCCACUGCUGUCACAAUGAAGCGGAGGAGCCUGUUAUUUAUUGUGCAAGUCUCCAUAGACAACCUGUACAACACAACUAUCGUAUCAAGUCAGCGGUACUCACCGUUACCUCUGUAUGCUAAUGCCAUCUCUUCAAAGUCUUCUGGUUCUGCAUUGUACUGCUAACAUACAAGUCUACCAUUCUCGUCACUCACUGCACGCUGCUACAUUACUACGUGCAACGUGUUCACACUACAGGCGACAGCAUGAAAAAUAUGUAAGACUGAUGUAUACUCUAUUAUAGAAAUAGAAUAUUAUAGAUUACAAAUUUCUAACAAUGAAUCUUACAUAAUAUUACUCAUUAAUCUUAUCGUUUACAUAACUUAAACAAUAUAAUGUUGUAAUAGACCGUUUCGAUACGGUUAUAUUAAUUGUUGGAUUUAUUAAAGAUUUUCUGUAAUGUUUAAACUAUAAUAUUUAUAUUAUUUUGGACAUCUGUCCGCUUCUUUCCGUCAUAUUAUUCAUCUGUUAUCAGAUUGAGUCGGAACUACGGCAGAAAGCCGUCAUAUUACUGUUUCCCGUAAAGAAAUACUACGUUAUGAAGAUAUCUAAAAGGUUUUCUUAACAUACUGUUUGCAUUGGCUUAUUGCAACUCUUUAUGGUGUUUUUGUCCUACAUAUCGGUAUUACAGUCUCCAUGAGCAAGAAAUAAUCACAAGCUUCGAAUAUAAUAUAGCCAACGUAUAAAACAAGACUUCCCACUUCGGGCCAUUAAUUCGACAAUGCCACUUAUAAAGGUAACGGAUAUUUCUGCACCUGAUCAUGCUCCUUAUAAAAUUGUCGUCAGCACGCUGCAUGCCCACUGCCAAAGUGUUCUAAGCCUGCUUUCAUAAUAGUGCAAAUACUGGUAUCGAAUAUCUACAUAACUGUCAUCGGUCAUCCUGCGGUACAACAGUGUCAUCAGUAGAGGAUCAACAUAGAUGAAACCGAUAAAAAAGGUAAUAAACAUCACAACGAUUUUCAAUCCAGAGGCUAUAAAAAAGACGAUCAACAAAAUCUCUUUAUUCUCAAACGCUAUGUAUGCGAAGCUCUGCGACAUUAACUACCAAAUAAGUUUAGACUAUAAUAAAUCAAAUCUGCGAAACAAUUUAUCAACAUUACAACAGCGAGUCCAUAUUGAAUUUCGGCUGAGAAUCAACAGGUAAGAAUUUUCUUAUCAAGAUUUCUCAAGUUGGUUUACCAGAGCUGAAUACAAACAACCAGAGAAAAGGUACUGUAUCAAGCUAGAUGUAUUCCAACUUGUCCUAAUUUACACCUACAGGUGGGGAAUCGUUUAUACCAGCUGCAUAUUUUUUUACGACACAAGUAUAUUUUUUAUUCAUACCCUUGAAAGUUGACGAAGAGCAACGAAGGUGUGUCGAUCAUCCUUGUAUGUAUCACGCAGAAGCUACAACCAAACCUAUCAAUAAGCAGAGGUGGCAAGUUUUAAGUCAACGGACCUCAUGAAGUUAUCAAUGGUGUGCAUUUGAUUUUAUAUUCUAUUCAAAUCUUCACAUCCAUUGUUGCAAGCAUCUUAUGUACUGGUAACUAGCAACUAUUUCAACACGGUAAACUGUUUAUACUUUUAUAAGUAUGCCUUGAUAUUCUUUUCGCAUGACUGUUAAUUGGUAUGUGAACUACACUGUAUUUUUUGACUAUGUUAGAUUUGCUAAAUCUAAUUAUAAGCUUUAAACUAAUAACAACGAUGGAUCGCACCUUAACUAUGACAUCUACUGCAAAAAGCCGAAAUCGAAUGCCACUUCAAGUUUAUCAAAGUACAAUACUUCUCGACGAGUUACCAAUGAGAGUACAGAUCUGCUGCUUUCGUUACGAAAUUCAAUUCAAACGCCUGUCUCUCUUUAUAUACAAUAAUUAGUAUGCUGUUUUUGGGCGUUUAUUCGCCCUUUUACUUUACUAUGUCUAAUUUGUUACAUAGUUCCUGCUCAUCUGCAUAUUGCAAAUUUUACUCAUUAAAGAUCCGCUAAGAGGAUUAAAAAUGAAAUGACUAUAAUGAGAAGUAAGGAUACCAGCCUCAUCAGAAUCCAUCCCGUCUUGUUUACUAAUAGUAUACAAUCAUUAAUCCUACAAGGAGAUUAAUAAAUGUAAUCGAGGAUUGAUCUGUUUGCUCAGAAAUAGAUUCCUGUUCCAAGAAUUUACUUGUCGGAAAAUUAGGAUCUGGUGGAAGAUAUUACUUUCGACAAAUAUAUGCACCUCAGCGUUUAACGUGAACUUUGGUGACAGUACACAUAUAUUUAAUUAAUCCUACAGUAUAAUAGCAUCUAUAUGGGAUUAUGGAAAACCAAAGAACUGACGCAGACGCUUAGAUGAUGACAAUAAUUAGCAAGUGGUCAUUUCUUCAAUUACUUUGAAACUUAAAAAUUCAAAAUAGUCAUAAUUUUUCUAGUACGACAUUUCAUUAACGAGCGAUAAUGUGCCCCUUUAUGUUGCCGAUACUAAUCUGUUACACAGAUACUGCUGAUUACUAUAGAACAUUUUCCUGCCUCGAUGUUAAUUCAGAGAAUGGCGACAAGAAUAAGGAAAACACCAAAUAAGAUGACAAAUAAACCUCAGGCUGACCCCAUUGUCUCUACUCAGUAUUCGAAGAUAUGCAACUACAUAUCGUUUUAUUUACUAGUCUUAAUCAGAAAUCUGUCAAUCUACAUAAAAAUAGUAAACCACUGUAUUCAUCUAAUACUCGGGUCAAAUUUGUGGAAUGGUGAGCAUUUUGUAUUUUACAAUUUACAAAGAAAUUAUUAACGACACUUGUAUCCUACAAAGAUUACCAGGCGUCCGCAUUAAUAUAUAAUACUAUUUGACGGUAAUCUUAAUAAUAAAAUUUCUGUCUUGCAAUGUUAUGCCUGGCUUGACUUUAGCAUUAUGCAUUCCUGCUAUUGACUGUAUAAGUUAGACAAUUUUCUGUAACAGAAUGUUAAUAUUACUAUCGCAAAAUUUUUUGUUCCAGUGUUCUAAUUUUAGUAUUAAAAUGUAUGAUAUUAUUUAGCUCAGAUAUGUAAUGCGAAUUUUUGGUUACUUUCAAAUUUAUUUCAGAUAGUAGGUACUCCAGUUGAAUGUUAUUACAAUUAAAAAAGUCCCAUUAAAACAUAAAAAGGGCUGUAAGAAUAUACACACCUAACCUACUUAUGACGAUACUAUCGCCCAUAAUUUAUUACUCAAUAUUUUACUUGAGUACCUAUUUAAUUAAAUAUUGAUAUACAAAUAUCAAGCCAAUUAAUACUGUAAUUAUACCUAAUCAUAGACUCUUUCAGAUCGGGAUGACACAGGUAACACAUAUUUCUAUAUAUUUUUGUUUCGAUCCAAAUAAUUUUAAUUUUCAGAAAAAAAAAGUAGGCCUAUUUAAAAUUUAUUUUAAAGUCUGAAGUAUAUUAUGAAAAAAAUCUAAAUGAAAACAAAUUCAAAAAAGUAAUUACAAAAAACUCAUCAGAUUAUAAAAAUAGGAUUUAAUAAAAAUUGAAUUUUUAAUGAUAUCAUGUUUCUACUGAAGCAAUAACAUCUCGAAAUAUUCUCGUCGAAUAGGUGAGUGUAAGUCCAAUUUCAGGAAAGAAAAAUGAAAAUAAACAAAUGCGGGAAUAUAACGCUAAUCGGUAAUAAUUUAAAAUACUUUGCUACAGUAAUGUAAAAUAUAAAAACAAACUACCUAAACUCGGUCUAAAUGUUAAAGAAUUUCUGGUAAAUGAAAUUUAAAAAUAAUUUCAAAGAAACUCAAUAGAGGUAUGUAUAAAAACUUUCAGAAAACUACAAUCAAAAGAAAAAUUUUCAAUCGAAUCUUGUUUGAAUUACAAAAAAUAUAGGAUACCGCAAAGAAUAUGAAAAAAAUUAAUACAAUAGUAACUAAAAAUACGUAAGUAAGAAAAAAGUAACAAAAAUCGAUCAUAAAUACCCUCUGUUUUAAAGAAUAAAAAAGCUUCUAUGAACACAUUUACCAUGAAAGUAAGUGUAUAAAAUAAUAAUAAUAGGGUUUAUUUAAGGUGAGUAGAUAAAUUCAGUCUCUUUCAGGAAAAUUAUUACAUAAAUGAGAGAUAUUAAAAAGACAUUGUAUUCGCUUUUAUAAGCUUAUGCACUAUCGUAGAAUUAUGACCAUGAGAGCAAAACGAGCAUCUAUGAAAAGUAAACUUAUACAACUAUAUUACAAUACUGCAGUUAAAAUAAAGUCUUAAAUAAUUUCAAGAAUUAACAAUUUUUUUUAAACAAGAAUAACUAGAUAUCCUCGUUUUAUUAAAUAAACAUAUGUAUAUCACAAAUAAAAGGUAAGUUGUUAAAUAAUUUUGUCGGCAGGAUUGGAUUAUAUUAAAAAGUAUAUAGGAAUAAUGAAAAUAAUAUAUUGAAAGUAAAAAUACAUUGAAAAAAUACUCAUAGAUAAUCAACAUUAAUGAAAAAGCUAAACUAGUAUAUCACAACAAUUUGAGAUAUGAAAUAAAGGGCUAAUUCAAUAUAACAUUUUGAAGAUUAAUAUAAUUUACCAGAAACAAAAUAGUAAACUAUAGAAGAAAGUUUAUGAUUAUUAUAAUACAAAUUAGAAGAAUGGACAUACAAAUCCAAUUAUAAUAUUAAUCUAUAGUAAACAAAAUAUAAAAAAUUGAAAAAGAUAAAAUUUUACGAAACAACAUGCACCAGUGACAACUAGCGCAGAAAAACAGUUUCAUUUCAGAUGGAGUGUAUAAAAUAAAAACCGACAGCGGAGUGGGCAACGAAGAUACUACGUUAAUUUUUGUUACAGGCUAAAAAAAAAUUUGGUGAAAAAAUUAUAUGUAUAUGAUAAAAAAAGAAAAAAAAACUAAAAUACGUUAAAAGGAAAAAUAGUAAAAAAAAACAGAAAAAAUAAUAAAAAAAAAGAAAAAAUAAUAAAAAAAGAAAAAAUAAUAAAAAAAAAAAAUAAUAAUAAAAAAAAAAAAAAAUAAUAAAAAAAAAAUAAAAAAUAUUAAAAAAAAAAAAAAAUAUUUAAAAAAAAACAAAAUUAAAUAAAAAAGAUAAACAAAAAAAAAAUACAGCGAUGUAGCGAAGAAAGAAGAUAAACAAGGUUUGCUCCUAUAAACUAAUUAUUAUUCGUUACAGUACAUCUUGCAAUUGAAAAAAGCUUUAUUGUAGAAAUUGUACAUCGAAGAGAAAAUUAAAUAGAAUUUAAUAAGAAAUCAGGAGAAUAUAGAAGAUAGCAAGCGGCAUGUAAAAGAAAGAGUUGAUAAAUGCGCAGAAGAUGACGGGUCGAUUAAACAGCGAAUAAAGUGCAACAUUGUGAAGACAGAACACACAAAAAUAGCAUGUUUUUCUUCUUCACUAUAUUCUAUGCGUGAGCGGUAAAAAUGACUGCAAACUAAGUGAUGAAGAAAAAAAAAACAAAUGAUGGCAUAGUGUAAAAAUAAGACCCAUCAAGCGACGAAAUGAAAAAAGACUCAUACGAUGGCAAAGUAAAGAAAGAAGAUGCAACAAACUAAGCACUGAAGAAAAAGACCCAGGAAAUGGUGGGUCGAAGAAAGAAGUAUUAACAACCGCAGCAAUAAAGGAAGUAGAUAUAGGAAACGGCGAGGCGAAGAAAAAUCCAUACUGCAGCGCAAUCAAGAAAGAAAACUCCGAAAGCGACGAGGUGAAGAAAGAAGGAAGCGGUGUGAUGAAGAAAGAAGAUUUGGUAAGCGGCGUGAUCAAGAAUGAAGAUGCAGAAAGCAAAAUAAUGAAGAAAGAAGAUUCAGAAAGCGGCGUGGUGAACAAAGAAGGCCCAGAACGUGGCAUGGUGAAUGAACAAGUUUUAGCAAGCGGCAUGGUGCAAAAAAGACUUAUACGGCGAUGCGAACAAAAAAAAACAACAAACAAAGUGAUGAAGAAAGAAGAAUAACCUAGCGGCGUAAUCGCUUGAUUGAAAAAAACACAGAGUGCGGCUGGGUGAAGAAAGACGACACAUACGGUAGAGUGUUAAAGAAAGUGUAGAAGAAAGAAGAUACAAAGGGCGGCUUGGAGAAGAAAGAAGACCCAUACGGCGGCGUGUUGAAGAAACAGAGGGCGGUCUGGUGAAAAAAGAAGAAACAGAGGGCAGCCUGAUGGAGAAAGAAGACACAGAGGGCGGCUUGGAGAAGAAAGAAUACACAGAAAGCGGCUCGGUGAAAAAAGAAGACCCAUACGGUGGCGUGUUGAAGAAAGAAGACACAAAGGGCGGCUUGGAGAAGAAAGAAGACACAGAGGGCGGCUUGGUGAAGAAAGAAGACACAGAGGGCGGCUUGGUGAAGAAAGAAGACACAGAGGGCGGCUUGGUGAAGAAAGAAGACACAGAGGGCGGCUUGGUGAAGAAAGAAGACACAGAGGGCGGCUUGGUGAAGAAAGAAGACACAGAGGGCGGCUUGGUGCAGAAAGAAGACUUAGAGGGCGGCUUGGUGAAGAAAGAAGACUUAGAGGGCGGCUUGGAGAAGAAAGAAGACACAGAGUGCGACUUAGUGAAGAAAGAAGACCCAUACGGUUGCGUGUUGAAGAAACAAAGAGGGCGGCCUAGUGAAAAAAGAAGAAACAGAUGGCGGCCUGAUGAAAAAAGAAGACACAGAGGGCGGCUUGGAGAAGAAAGAAGACACAGAGAGCGACUUUGUGAAGAAAGAAGACCCAUACGGUGGCGUGUUGAAGAAAGAAGACGCAGAGGGUGGCUUGGAGAAAAAAAUAGACCCAUACGGCGGCGUGUUGAAGAAGACACAGAGGGUGGCUUGGUGAAGAAAGAAGAAACAGAUGGCGGCUUGGUGAAGAAAGAAGACACAGAGGGCGGCUUGGUGAAGAAAGAAGACACAGAGGGCGGCUUGGUGAAGAAAGAAGACUUAGAGGGCGGCUUGGUGAAGAAAAGACAGAGGCCGGCUUGGUGAAGAAGAGACAGAGGGCGGCUUGGUGAAGAAAGAAGACACAGAGGGCGGCUUGGUGAAGAAAGAUGACACAGCGAGCGGCUUGGUGAAGAAAGAAGACACAGAGGGUGGCUUGGUGAAGAAAGAAGACACAGAGGGUGGCUUGGUGAAGAAAGAAGACACAGAGGGCGGCUUGUUGAAGAAAGAAGACACAACGAGCGGCUUGGUGAAGAAAGAAGACACAGAGGGUGGCUUGGUGAAGAAAGAAGAUCCAGGAAGCAGCGUGGUGAAGAAAGAAGACCCCUACGGUGGCGUGUUGAAGAAAGAAGAUCCAGGAAGCGGCGUGGUGAAGAAUGAAGAUCCCUACGGUGGCGUGUUGAAGAAAGAAGAUCCAUGAAGCGGCGUGGUGAAGAAAUAAGACCCAGGAAGUGACGUGGUGAAGAAAGAAGAUGCUGCAAGCGAAACGAUAAAGAAAGACCCAUACGGCAGCAUAAUGAAGUAAUAAGACCCAUACGACGAAGCAUGAUGAAGAAAGAUCCAGCGGGCAGCAUGGUAAAAAAGAAGAUACAGUAUACAAAACAGUGAAGAAGACCCGAUAGGCACUGUGUUGAAGAAAGAAAUAAAUUGGAUUAAUCAAGACGAAAAAGAAGACUUGCAAUAGAAUAAUGAAGAAAUAGAUAACUGAUAACUUCAAAAAAGGCUCAAAGAUUUGGACGAAGAGCAAAGAAAAAAUAAGAUCCCGCAAGCAAAAAAAUAUAGGAAGGACUUUUAGAUGAUAGCAAAGAACUUAAUAAAAGACUGGAAAACUUGGACGGAGAGUAAAGAUGAUGAAUAUAGAAGAUCCAAAAAGUUAUAUAAUGAAAUAAGACUUAAUCAGACAAAGAAUCGACAAAGAAAAAAAGUAAAAAAAAUGCUGGUCAAGAUUUUUCCUUAGAAUUUCUUAACAGUGGAAUGGUGAAGAAAAAAAAUUUCAACGGAUUGGAGACAAAAGAAAACAGCAAGCGAUGUUAAUACUGAAGAUUGAAAACUUAAGAAAUUGAAGCGACGCCUAAAAAAGAAAAGACUCUAAGAAGGAGCGAAUAUGAAGAAAGAAGACGUGAUCAUGUAAGAAAUGAACGCAAAGAAUAUAUAGCGCAUGUCUCUAUAAAUAUCACGCGUUAAUAAUGCUCUUGCUUAAAGAUGGGAGUAGAAUGAAAACCACCAAACUAUUUGUUGAAAAAAGAAAUCUGAAAUAUUGGUAAAGGGGUUGAAGACAAAACUAAAAUUGAGAUGAAGACACAGCAAAUUAGUUCAUAAAAAUAGAAGACAGCAUUAUGAAGAUAAAUUAAACGGCGAAUGAAUAAAACGAAGAGAGAAGAAAGAGUGGUGAAGACUGAUCUUUAAUAGAUGAAUCUAGAUAAUGAAAGAAAAUUCGAUAAGAUGGAUGUAAAGUAGAAAGCAGUUUAAGCAAGAGAUAAAGUUUUAUAAAGAAAGAUGAUGCACAGGUGAUAUGAUAAAGUUAGAUAGACUACAAGAUAGAAGAAUGAAAACUUAGAAGUGAUAUGGAAAAAAGAGAAAACCUAAAUGACCGAUAGAAAAAUUGAGAUAACAGAUAUUAAAGGUGACAUAACAAAGUGAAAAAUACGAAUAUGAAAUGAAAACAAAAGAAGAAAAAAAAAAACUUGCAAGUGGCAUAGUAAAAAAAAAAAACUAUUCUAAAUUGAAGCAGAGUAAAGAAAACAGCAAGUGGCAUGGCGAGGAGAUCAACAUGAGAGCCAUUGAAUAAAUUAAAAAGAUCAUGCAACAUUUCAGCAUGUAAAAAAAUAAAACAUUUGAGAGUAUAUAUGAAACAAUCUACAUGCAACUUUCAGAAAAGCAAUAUGGUCUAGAGGAUGCAGGAACAAUGGGAUGACUGAUGAGCAAUAAAAUUAAGUAAUACAACAUUCAAAAUCAGGAGCAUUAUAAUAU